AUGGCUUAUGAUAUUUUCUUUGGCGAUUGGUGGAUUCCUAUUUGCCGAAUUAAUUUGCACUUCUACUUCUUUUCGUUUGUUUUUAUUUUUAUGAAGGACGCGCAAGAGACGCUGACAGAAGGCGAGGUCGAGCUGAUCACAAAUUAUGGGAAGAGCUAUUACACAAAUAAAAUAGUGGACUUGGAAAGCGAAAUCAAGGGGCUGUACCACAGAGUGAGCGCCAAGCUGGGGCUCCGGGAGGUUGAGACAGGGCUGGCGCCCCCCAUGCUGUGGAACUUGUCCAGCGACUCGCAAAGGUCAAAGACCGAGAAGACUCUGCAGGUGGCGCGGUGCUGCAAGGUCAUGGAAGACCCUGUUGGAAACGACAGGUACAUGAUCAACAUCAAGCAGAUUGCAAAGUUUGUAGUGGGCAGGGCCAAGUCUGUCACCAAGGAAGAGAUUUCAGAGGGGAUCCGCGUGGGCGUGGACAGAGUGAAGUAUCAGAUCAUGCUGCCGCUUCCUGCCAAAAUAGACAACGCGGUCACUCUUAUGCAGAUCGAGGAGAAGCCUGAUGUAACAUAUUCGGAAAUAGGGGGCUGUGCCGAGCAGAUUGAAAAAAUCAAGGAAGUUGUGGAGCUUCCUCUGAUAAACCCAGAGAAGUUUAUCAAGCUGGGGAUUGACCCGCCAAAGGGGGUCCUUCUGUACGGGCCUCCCGGGACAGGGAAGACGCUGUGCGCCAGGGCGGUUGCAAACAAGGCAAACGCCACCUUCAUCCGCGUGAUUGGCUCGGAGCUGGUCCAGAAGUACGUGGGGGAGGGCGCCCGAAUGGUCCGCGAGCUGUUUGAGCUGGCGAAGUCCAAGAAGGCAUGUAUUAUCUUCUUUGACGAGGUGGAUGCGUUCGGAAGCACGCGAUUCGACGGAGGAAACAACGAGGUGCAGAGAACCAUGCUGGAGCUGAUCAACCAGCUGGACGGGUUUGAGUCAAGGGGAAACAUAAAGGUGCUCAUGGCCACGAACAGGCCAGACACGCUUGACCCUGCCUUGCUUAGGCCGGGAAGGCUUGAUCGGAAGGUGGAGUUUUCGCUUCCGGACCUGGCCGGGCGCACGGCCAUUCUCAAGAUACACACAAAGCCCAUGAGUGUGGAAAAGAACAUCCGGUACGAGCUGAUUGCCAGGCUAUGUCCCAGCGCGACCGGAGCCGAGCUGCGCAGCGUGUGCACAGAGGCGGGCAUGUUUGCCAUCCGAGAGAGAAGAAAGGUGGCAACCGAAAAAGACUUUUUAAUGGCCGUGGAGAAGGUGAUCAAGGGAUAUGCUAAGUUCUCCUCGACACCCAGAUACCUCACGUACAACUAG